AAAGCGAGGAAAUACAGUCUGUAAUUAAACGAACGCCCUUCGUUGCUUUUAUUUUGAAGGUGAUUAAUCCUUUUUUCCGGGGCGGUAUCAUCAACGUCAAUAGGUCGAUGGCUGCACUGCUGCUGUUCAAGAUAUGAAAACAACCAUCAUAUGAGAAUAUCAGAUAACAUUCAGGUACGGAAAGGAUGGCGGGGAAUGAUCUGAACAAGGGAGACGCCGAUGGAGAUAACUUUAGGCUACACUUGGUGACGUGGAACGUAGCCACUGCUGAUCCUCCAGCUGACAUGAGCUCACUUCUCCAUUUAGAGUCUCCAAAGCGUCCGGACGUCUAUGUCAUUGGCCUGCAGGAGGUGUACUCUGGGCCGGUGAGAUUCUUGUCAGAUGUUGUGUUUGAUGACCCCUGGAGCCAUUUCCUUAUGACCACCUUAGCACCAUGGAAUUAUGUUAAGGUGUCCUCCAUCAGAAUGCAGGGUCUGCUGUUGCUCUUCUUCACCAAACUGGAGCACCUCCCAUUCAUCCGAGACAUCCAGUCCACAUACACACGCACUGGCGUCUUUGGCUAUUGGGGUAACAAAGGUGGUGUGUCCAUUCGUCUGUCUUUCUAUGGACACAUGCUCUGUUUCCUCAACUGUCACUUGGCUGCUCACAUGAAAAAUGUCACAGAGCGAGUGGUGGAGUUUGAGUAUAUCACCGACCAGCAGAUUUUCAACUGUGAAAAGGCGCAGAGAAUUCUUGACCACAGGUUGGUCUUCUGGUUUGGAGAUCUCAACUUUCGAAUUCAGGACCACGGCAUGCACUUUGUCCGAACGUGCAUCAACAAUAAAAACUACAGCUUGCUGUGGAGCAAAGACCAGCUGAUCAUGAUGAAGAAAAAGGAGAAGCUGCUCCAAGAGUUUGAGGAAGGACCUCUAGACUUCCAACCCACGUACAAGUUUGACCUAAACACCGAUAUAUAUGACAGCAGGCUCUACAGGACAUGGUUUGCCUUUAACAGUAAAAAGCGCAAACCCGCCUGGACGGACAGAAUUCUCUGGCGCCUCAGACCCAAAGCACUGCCUUCUGACAAGCAAGACGAAUGUGGCGACGGUCUGGACACUAAUCAUGUCAAAGAGCCAGAAGAAGCUGAAGAAAAGCUUUUAGAGCUCAGGCAGGACUUGUACACCAGCCACAUGGAGUACAGCAUCAGUGACCACAAACCCGUCAUUGCUGUCUUCACGCUGAAGCUGAAGAAGAUGUACACGACUCCGCUGGUGCAUCUGCUGGCUGAGGGCGAAUGGAGUGCAGACAUUGACGCCAUGCUUCUGUACAGGCCGCUGCAGCCAUUCCCUUCCAGUUCAUGGGACUGGAUUGGACUUUAUAAGGUUGGAUUCACCAGUGUGUCAGACUACAUCACAUACACGUGGGUCAAAGAUGACGAAGUGGCCAUCGAUGAAGAAGUCAUCAAGGUGUACAUGAGUAAAGAGGAGAUCCCAGUUCGAGGAGGAGAGUGUGUGCUGGGCUACUACUGUAACACUUUGCAGUGCAUUAUUGGAAUCAGCCAACCAUUCAAGGUCCAUGCAUCCAAGGUGGCACUUGAAGAGAGUUUGCAUCAAACUGGAGCAACAGAAAAGAUUCAGGACUGAACCAUCCAGUCCUGAACCAUCCAGUGACAGAUUCAUGCCCGGUUUUCCACAACCAAACAGCGCUUGCAAUAUGUUACCUUUUCAUCAUCCUGUUGCUGAAAGCUUGCAGUAUGUUUGAGGUGGCAUCAUCAUAUUUUGAAAGGCUGAGAAUCCAUGGGUUGAUAUGUUUGAUGUAUGACGUAGGAUCCACUUCAGCAUGUUGCUUGAUGAGGUCAGUUCAGUGAAGUUUGCAUGCAAACUGUCGUUAUUUUUGUAGCAAAAACACGGGUUGUUACCAAAGCAAGUCUCUGGUAAUGCACCACUAAUUGUGAGGUCAUUGUAAAACUGAAUGCUGGAGUCGGUGAUAAGACAGCAGAUUCCUGAAUGAUAACGACACGUUUACCUUCGUUCUAAUUUUUAAAUCUCUUUUUCCCCUCACAGUAUCUUCAAGAAUAUCCUGCAGUAUUAACUUCAUAAGUUUCCACGAUGUACUGUAUUGACAAUGCUGUAAUCUUAUUUUAAUGUUUUUAUGCAAUUUUAAUUGUUUCGAGUUGUAGAGUAUCUAAACCCAGUAUUGCGAGUGAGCUGCUGUUGAGAAAGUCCAUUGUUUUGUUUUGUUUUUGCCAUUUAAUUCAUUGAAAAUUCCACUUGUUCCUGGCGGACUUGAAAACACAUAAAUAUUUUUGACCAAUUUUGAAGCAACUCACCUAAAGCUUCAUUUUAGCUUGCCAAAUAAAAUAGCACCUUAAAGUCAUUUUGAAUAUUUUAUUUUAAAUACAAACUUUGGCGUUACAGUAAAAUAGAGAACGCAAACAUAUUGCAUAGUGUUGCAUUAUGCUUAAGUAUAUGAGAUAUAAAAUGAUUUGUUUUAUGAAAGGUAAAAAAAAUGUCCUUGUUUGGUUUUCCUAAGUGCCUUUUAAAAUGACAUUGUUGUCUUUUCUUUUUUUUAUACAGGAAAGUAAUUAUUUGGUACAAGUGUGUACAUAAAGUAUGGCAUACUAUUUUAACAACAUAGUAUGACAUUGAUGGCCUCUUGUGAAACAUUUUACACUGUUUUAAUAAUUAGAAUUUCACCUUUAAUCUUUUCAUCAGCACAAUGCAGUUUGUUUUGGUUUUAGCUUGCUGGAACCAAAGUACUGUAGAAACCUGGAUGUCAUUUUCAAGAGACUGGUUCAUUUCUUUCAUAGCAGUGAAACUACUUGUAUGCUAUGUACUGUAACAGAAAGAACAAACAUUAUGGCUUUGAAAAUGCAAUUAUUAAAUAUACAUAUAUAUGUUGUUUACUGUGUUGGCUGAAAUGUGAAAUUGACGUAUGGUGGCCCUGAAGUCUGGACACAUGGGCAAAAUGCAUACUGUAUAUUAUACA